AUGGCUGCUUUUACAAAGUUAGCACUCUUCGCAGUCCUCGUGAGCAGUAGUCGUGCUGGCAUCUUACAUGGUCAGGGCCAUCAUGAUCAUAUUGAUGAUUACGGCUCGAGCUAUUCAUCAGGAUCACUUAGUGGUUUGGGCGCGUCCAGUGCUAUAGAUGCUUCAUCAAGCUAUUCUCCUAGCAGUUUCCCAAGUGGAUCUCUUCCAUCUGCAUCUUACCACGGUUCUAGCAUAGGCAGUGGACUUAGUGAUAUCUCAUACGGCGGAGCUGUGAGCGGUGGUCUCAUAGGAAGUGGGCAUGGAAUAGGAUUGGGAGGUGGACAUGGAAUAGGAUUGGGAGGUGGACAUGGAGUAGCAUUAGCUGGUGGUGUAGGAUUAGGAGGCCUCGGUGGUAUCGGCGGUGCUCCUGCUCCUUUACCAGGCUCUAAAGCACCUGUUAUUGAUGAAAUCCAUGGCCUCGCUAACAGUAGAGGAGCCCCGACAAAAUACAACGUCCAUGAAGAAUCCUACAAAGUGUUCAAGGAAGUAACACACAAAGUACCUCAACCCGUGCCAGUGCCAGUACCACAUCCCGUCCAAGUGCCAGUACCUCAGCCCUAUCCUGUUAAGGUUCCAGUAGUACGCAAGGUCCCAGUACCUGUAGUCAAGAUCCAGCACGUGAAAGUCGAUAAGCCAGUACCUUACCCAGUGGAGAAAAUCAUCAAAAUUCCAGUGGAAAGAGUAGUUGAAGUACCAGUACCACACCCAGUUCCCAUUGAGAAGGUCGUCGAAGUGCCAGUUGUCAAAUUAGUGAAGAUCCCGGUGCCUGUCGUGAAGUCAUACCCAGUACCUGUCUUGAAGACUCUCCACCACAAAGCUCACGCCCACCACCACAGCCACGGCUGGAAGAGCUGGUAG